AUGAGUCAUCGUAAAUUCGAACAUCCACGUCAUGGUAAUCUUGGAUUCUUACCAAAAAAACGAGCAGCUCGUCAUCGUGGUAAAGUGAAAUCAUUUCCAACAGAUGAUCCAAAAAAACCUGUUCAUCUUACCGCUUUUCUCGGUUACAAAGCUGGUAUGACUCAUAUCGUUCGUGAAGUCGAUCGACCAGCUUCAAAAUUAAAUAAAAAAGAAACAGUUGAAGCUGUAACCAUUAUUGAAACACCACCUAUGGUUAUUGUUGGUGUUGUUGGUUAUAUAGUAACACCUCGUGGUCUUCGUGCAUAUAAAACAAUCUAUGCUCAACAUUUGAAUGAAGAAUGUCGUCGUCGUUUUUAUAAGAACUGGUAUUCAUCAAAACAUAAGGCAUUCACAAAAUAUUCAAAGAAAUGGGAAGAUGAAAGUGGCAAAAAAGCUCUUGAAAAUGACUUCAAACAAAUGGCUAAAUACUGUAAAGUUAUCCGUGUAUUAGCUCAUACACAAGUCAAAUUAUUACGUAAACGACAAAAGAAAGCACAUCUUAUGGAAAUUCAAUUAAAUGGUGGUACAAUUGAACAAAAAGUUGCUUUUGCUCGUGAACAUUUAGAAAAACAAGUACCUAUUAGUCAAGUAUUUUCAAAAGAUGAAAUGAUUGACUGCAUUUCAGUAACUAAAGGUCGUGGUUUCAAGGGUGUUACAUCACGUUGGCAUACAAGAAAAUUACCACGUAAGACACACAAAGGUUUACGAAAAGUAGCUUGUAUUGGUGCAUGGCAUCCAGCUCAUGUUUCACGAGCUGUUGCACGUGCUGGUCAAAAAGGUUACCAUCAUCGUACUGAAAUUAAUAAGAAAAUCUACCGUAUGGGUGAUGCUAUUCAAGUUAAAGAUGGUAAAACAGUUAAAAAUACUGGUUCAACCGAUCAUGAUCCAACAGAAAAAACAAUUAAUCCAAUGGGUGGUUUUCCACAUUAUGGUGAAGUACGACAAGAUUUUAUCAUGAUUAAAGGUUGUUGUAUCGGUCCAAAGAAACGUCCAAUUACAUUACGUAAAUCACUUAUACUUAAUCCAAAACGUUCACAUCGUGAACAAAUUGAUUUACGUUUUAUCGAUACAUCAUCCAAAUUUGGUCAUGGUCGAUUUCAAACUCAUGAAGAAAAACGUGUAUUUAUGGGUCCACUCAAAAAACAUCGUCUUCAGGAAGAACAACAACAAACACAAACAACAACAACAACAACAACAGCUACAACAGCACAAGCACAAUCCGCUUAA